CAGUGUGGAAAAGAGACAGGAAGUGAGAAAAGGGGAAAAGUGUGUAACAGGGAUAAAACUAUAGAGAGAUAGAGGAGGGGGAGACUGACAGAAGACAGAACACUGGACAUUAUCCACUUGGAAGUCUCAAGGACCACAGAACAGUUGCAGAGCUCCAGACCACUAGCCCUAGCGUUUCCCCCAGGAUGGCUCUCUCUGGGCCGGGUGGCUUCCUCUCUGAGGACCAGUUCAUCUGUUCCAUCUGCCUGGAUGUGUUCACCAACCCAGUCUCCACACCCUGUGGUCACAGCUACUGUCUGGACUGCAUCUCCACCUACUGGGACGGAGGAGGAGGGAAGACGUGUGUGUGCCCACUGUGUAAGGAGAGCUUCAGGAAGAGGCCGGACCUUCACAUCAACCACACCCUGAAGGAGAUCACCGAGCAGUUUAAGAAGAUGGCCGACGGAUUGGACGGGGGGGCCAUGGUGAUGGAAGGAGGGGUUGGGAGUCAAGGUGGGGGUGGCGGUGGUAAUGAGGGUGUGUCAAACGGGGUCGAGCGUCUUCCGGUCCUCCCAAGACCCCCAGGGAUGGGUGGGAUGCCUGGGGAUUUGUUUUUGGAGAUGAAGACCAGGUUCCAACGACCUUCGAACUCCAGAACCCCUCCGCCCGUCCUCCGCCCCCACCCGCCCUCACCCUUCUCCUCCAACACCACCGCCCCUCCUGUCGCCCCACGGAGGUACACCCUGAGCGGGCCGGCUGAUUCCUCCUUCAACGCGCCUCUCUGUCCUGAACACCAGAGGGGGCUGGAGUUCUUCUGCCGGACGGACCAGACAUGUGUGUGUGCCGCGUGUUUGGAGGGAGAGCACCAUGGACACCAGGUUAUACCUGCCAAGAGAGAAUGGCUCAUCAAUAAGUCUCAGUUGGGCCUGACAGAGGUGGAGCUGAGGGACAUGAUCACAGAGAGAGAGAGGAAGGUGGAGGAGAUCAAGACAUCACUGGAGGACAUACAGGCGUGUGCGGAACAUGAGACGGCGGGCAGCAUGCAUGUGUUCUCUGCCCUGGUGAGUUCUGUGGAGAGGAGCCAGGCAGAGCUUCUGGAGGUGAUAGAGAUGUCACAGCGGGCUGCACAGCACCGAGGACAGAGCCUCAUCAGAGACCUGGAGCAGGAGAUCUCUGAGCUGAGGAAGAGAAGCGCCAGCCUCACCCAGCUAGCCCAGUCUGACGACUACGUACUCUUCUUCAAAACAUUCCCCGCCCUCUCCACCCCGCCUCAGACCAGGGAUUGGUCGGACGCUGUCGUGACCUCUGACCUCAGCUCGGGGUCGGUGCUUCUGACUGUCAAUCAAAUGGUGGAGCGCUUUCGGGCGGAGCUCAAGAGACUGCCGGAGAUCUGUCUGCAUCCUCAACCUCAACCUCAAACAGACCAAUCCGUAGGGACAUAUAUUCCAGGUUUGCGUCCUCAACCUCAACCGGACCAAUCUGUAGGAAGAUAUAGUCCAAGUUUGCUUUCUCAACCAAACCAUGCUGAAGGAAGAAAUAGUCCAAAUUUGCCUUCUCAACCAAACCAGUCCCUGGGAAGAUGUAGUCCAAGUUUGCGUUCUCCACCUCCACCAGAACAAUCUGUAGGAAGAUAUAGUCCAGAUUGGCUUUCUCAACCUCGACUAGAACAGUCAGUGGGAAGAUAUGUAAAUCCAAAGGUGAGGAGAGUGCAGGAAUAUGCAGUGGAUGUAACCCUGGACCCUCUCACCGCUCACCCCCGCCUGCUCAUCUCCGACGACGGCAAGCAGGUGCGCUGCAGCGACCGCUACCAGCCCGUGCUGGACGUCCCCGAGCGCUUUGACCGUGUGGUCUGCGUCCUCGGGCGCCAGGCCUUCACUUCGGGACGCCAUUACUGGGAGGUGGGUGGGAAGACGGACUGGGACCUGGGCGUGGCUAGCCACUCCAUCAACAGGAAAGGGAAGAUCACAGUAAGCCCCGCCCACGGCUACUGGUUCCUGAGCCUCCGGGAUAAUAAUGACUGCGUCCGAACUGAACCGUCGACAGCGCUGGGCCUCAACCACAAACCCAACCGGAUAGGGAUCUACGUAGACUGCGAUAAGGGACAGGUGUCGUUCUAUAACGUGGACGCUAAGAUGCUCAUUUAUACGUUCACCGACAGCUUCUCGGAUGCCAUUCAUCCCUUCUUCAGCCCAUGCACCAAUAAGUCUGGCAGGAACGAGGCGCCGCUCGUCAUUUGUCCUGUCUCGAUGCCUCUGGCCGACUGAGAUGGGUUUUAGCUUUUUUAAGUCUGUCCUUGUUCAUUGUCCUUCACUGAUCCAAUAGGACGGGACUGGAUAGGUCAAAGCAAUAUUGUCGAAGCUAUAGCUGGAGCACCCAGUUUUCUCUUGUCAACAAAGGGAAGUGAACAAGGCCAGAAGAGAGGGAGCAAUUUUCUGGAAUGAAAUAGUCUCUUAGAAACCUUUAGUGGAUUUUGGAAUGAGUCAUAAUGACCUCCUGUGUUCUAUGGAGCUGACCAAUGGAUACUCUGGAUACAGAGUCUGGAUUGGACUGAUCAUUCUGACCAACUACAGUCCAUCAGUCUGAGAAUUAAGGAUUUCACCAUCUGUCCUUAUCAUACGAUGGAUUAAUCUGUCUAC